AUGGCUGCCUUCGCAAAAGGCAACGACCCUAAUGGUGGAGUGACACCUGAGCUGCCGACGCUGCAGCUGGAGACACGCGUGGAACGAAGACGCCUGUCUCAGGCCCGCCACCGAGCCACCCUGGCAGGAUUAUUCCAUGAUCUCAGGAAGGCCGUGUACUCCCAGUCGGAUCUCACAGCCUCCAAGUGGCAGGUUCUCAAUAAGGCGAAGAAUCGCAUUCAGGAACUGGAGCGCAACCUGGACACUCUGCUGAAGCUGAAAGAGUCCUUCCACCUGGAAGAUGGGCUUGCGAGCACCUUACAGGAGGUCAAGGAAGAAUAUGUGAGAAUGUACUCUGGAAAUGACAGCUUUGCUCAGAAUGACUCCUUUCUCUGGUACCUCAGCUUCUACAGGCAGAUCAUGGAUCUUCUGACUAUGAACAACGUCAUCUCACAGCAGGAGGUGACACUGCCUGUCGUCUCUGCGGCCAUCUCUCAUCUGUGGCAGACCUUCUCGGAGGAGAACAAAGCCCUCAUCCUGCAGGCCUGGCUGCAGCUGCACUGUGGCCUCCCGGAGACCUGGGAGGGGCCGCCCCAUGCUGAAGACAGUGGAUUCAACAGCCAGGAGGCCAACUUCUCCAUGGUCUCCACCACACAGGAAAUCCUUUUUGAAGAUGUCCUUAAUCUGACAAAUUUCCUGGACAACAAUGCAGGUCCAAGUACAUGCAGCCCCAGUUCCAUGCUUGCCAACUGCAGUCCUGAGAGUAUUGAGAAGUUUCACCUCUACCUGCAGAUCAUCAACUUUUUUCUCAGCCUCUGCGGUGCUAACACUGAGCUAAAACAGGUAGUACUGAGUGCGGAAGAAGACGGUCCUGUGGAUGAUGGAAUGAUCACGUUGAGGUGCAUGGAGACCUUCGACGACGACGAGCUGUAG